AUGCCUUCUCUUCUAAGCCUCGUCACCGCGGCCGCUCUUCUGGUCGAAGGUGUUGUUUCGCAACAAACACCUACCGUCAAGGUCAAGAACGGUACUCUCGAAGGAAGAUAUCUGCCUGGGUACAAUCAGGAUCUCUUCUUGGGCAUUCCAUUCGCUCAGCCUCCUGUCGGUCAACUUCGCUUCCAGAACCCUCAGAGUCUGAACGAGACAUUCGACACCCUCAAGGUCAAGAAGUAUGGCGACUCUUGUGUCGGCUAUGGAAACACUGCCGACCAGGGCCCUGCUACCUUCAGCGAGAACUGUCUGACAUUGAACGUUGUCCGGCCUGCAGGCACCAGCAAGAAUGAGAAGCUUCCUGUUGGUCUCUUCAUCCACGGUGGAGGCUGGACCAUGGACUUCGCUGCCAACGGUGCCUACAACAUGACCUUUAUGGUCGAAGAAGCCACCAAGGCUGGCAAGCCUUUCGUUGCUGUCUCCAUAGCUUACCGACUUGCUUUCUGGGGUUUCAUGGCCAGCAAGGAUAUCAUGGACGCCGGCGUUGCCAACCUCGGCUUGAAGGAUCAGCGUCUUGCUAUGCAUUGGGUCAAGGAGAACAUUGGCGCUUUCGGCGGUGAUGCCUCAAAGGUCACCAUCUUUGGUGAGAGUGCUGGUGGUGGUAACGUCGGCUACCACGCUACUGCUUACGGAGGCAGAGAUGACAAGCUCUUCCGAGGCAUUAUCGCCGAGUCUGGCGCUGACGGUACUGACAUGAAGAACCUCACUCAACCUGAGCGACGCUACAACAUCAUUGCCGAAGCUGCUGGCUGUGGCGAUGCUUCUGACAAGCUCGCUUGUCUUCGAAAGGUCCCUUUUAAGAAGCUCAACGCUACCAGCACCAAGGUUCCCGGAAACUUCUUCCCCGUUGUCGACAAUGACUUCAUCCCCGACUACCCCUCUAUUCUUCUCGAGAACGGCAAGUUCGUCAAGGUUCCUCUCAUGGCUGGCACAAACGCCGACGAGGGUAGCUUCUUUGCUCUUCCUGGUGUCGACACCGAUGAGCAGGUUGCCGCUGCUAUCAUGGCUGGAGGCGUUGAUGCCAACACUACCGAGACCCUGAUGGCUCUCUACCCCAACAUUGAUGCCCUCGGUAUUCCUUCUGGUUACCGCCGAAAGGCUGGUGACCCUGUCAAGGCUCAGUUCAAGCGUAUGGCAGCUUUCCAGGGUGACAACCUCUUUGUUAGCUGGAGACGCAGACGGUCCGAUGCUUGGUCCAAGUACGGCGUGCCUGUUUACAGUUACCUGUUCGAGUCUCCCAACAAAAACAUGCCUGCAUACAUCGGAACUCCACACUUCGUCGAGGUCGCCUACGUCUUCUUCAACAAGCUCGGUUUGGGCUAUGGCAAGAAUCAAGGUCCACUAUACAAUGCUUCCAAGGAGGUUCUUGACCUUGCUCAACUUGUUAGCCGAAUGUGGAUCAGCUUCAUCACAGAGGGAAACCCCAACGAGCACGGCCUUCCCGGAUGGCCCAAGUGGCCUGUGAACAAGAACGGUGGUGGUUAUGGACAGAACUUCUACUUCAACCCCAACGGAUCCAGCGUUCAGCCUGAUACCUUCCGAUUGGCUGGUACUGCCUACAUGAACUCUCUUGCUAGCGAGCAGUUUGGAAGGUAA